AGUACGUCGCGCGAGAUUCUGCGACGGGAUUUUGAAGUUAGGGAACAGCUGCGGCGCACGCGCACUGGCCUCACAACCUCAGGGCGGCACGAGGGUAGGUAGGCUAGAAGCUAGAGGAGGGGGAGCACAGCGUGCUGGUGUCUUUUUCCUCCCUUCUACGCGCACUGCGUGGUUCUGCGGAUCCGUGGGGGUGCGGAGCGCGGGACGUGGCUCUGCCUGCCCGACGCGUGUGUGAGUUUAGCGGGAGCCCUUCUGCUCCUCCGUCAGUUGGAGUGCAGCGCGUGUGCGCCCCAGCGUUGGGACGUGAGCUAGUGCUCCCGGUCUCCUUUUAACGGUCACUCCCACGCACACACUCCAGUCCCCUGAGAGUUGGUCUUUGCUCCUCAGUGCGCCCCUCCUCACCAGCCCCUCCCACCGACCCCUGGUCCCCCUGGUUUGCUCGCUCCCUCGCUGGCACUCAGUAGUCUGCUUGGUCCCUGGGGUCCCUGUUUGGGGGCGGAGAAGAUGGCUGGAGGACGUCUGCUGUUGGGGGGCGACUUCCUGUCGCAGCCGCCGCUGCCCCCCCUCCCGCCGCCGCCGCUGCCGCCCCUCCCGCCACCCCCGCCUGAGCCAGUGCUCGAGCAGUGGCGCUAUAGCCACGAAAGUGACUGGCAGUGGGCUCUGCGACGCAGCUUCAUCUGUCGGCACCUGCACAGCUACCCCGGGGCUGCACUGGACCAGCUCCUCGCACUCUCCGCCGCCUGGACCAACCACGUCUUCCUGGGCUGCAGAUACAGCCCACGCUUGAUGGAAAAAAUUCUCCAAAUGGCUGAAGGUAUUGAUAUUGGGGAGAUGCCUUCAUAUGAUCUGAUGCUGUCCAAACCUUCCAAAGGUCAAAAACGCCACCUCUCAACAUGUGAUGGUCAAAAUCCUCCUAAAAAGCAAGCCGGUUCCAAAUACCAUGCGAGACCUCGUUUUGAGCCUGUACAUUUUGUAGCUAGUAGUUCAAAAGAUGAAAGACAGGAAGAUCCUUAUGGCCCUCAAACAAAAGAGGUAAAUGAACAAACACAUUUUGCCAGCAUGCCAAGAGACAUCUACCAAGAUUAUACUCAAGACUCUUUCAAUACACAAGAUGGGAAUUCUCAGUAUUGUGAUUCAUCAGGAUUUAUUUUCACAAAAGACCGGCCUGUUACAACCAACAUGUAUUUUGACAGUGGGAACCCUGCCCCAAGCAGCACAUCACAGCAGGCAAACUCUCAGUCACCUCCCGAGCCUUCACCAUCACAGACAUUUCCUGAGUCAGUGAUAUCUGAGAAGCAGUAUUUUAUUGAAAAAUUAACAGCGACGAUCUGGAAGAACCUUUCUAAUCCAGAGAUGACUUCUGGAUCUGAUAAAAUUAAUUAUACAUAUAUGUUAACUCGGUGUAUUCAGGCAUGUAAGACAAAUCCUGAGUAUAUAUACGUUCCUUUAAAAGAAAUCCCUCCUGCUGACAUUCCCAAAAAUAAAAAACUUCUAACAGAUGGUUAUGCUUGUGAAGUUAGAUGCCAGAAUAUCUACUUAACUACAGGUUAUGCUGGCAGCAAGAAUGGGUCCAGGGAUCGAGCUACUGAGCUAGCUGUAAAACUGUUGCAGAAACGUAUUGAAGUUAGAGUUGUCCGGAGAAAAUUCAAGCACACAUUUGGAGAGGACCUUGUGGUAUGUCAGGUUGGCAUGCCUCUGUAUGAAUUUCCUCCAGCUCUGAAACCGCCAGAAGACCUGGCGGUGCUGGGUAAAGAUGCUUCUGGGCAGCCAAUUUUUAAUGCUUCUGCCAAACACUGGACCAAUUUUGUCAUCACAGAAAAUGCAAACGAUGCAAUUGGUAUCCUUAACAAUUCUGCCUCAUUCAACAAAAUGUCAGUAGAAUACAAAUACGAGAUGAUGCCAAAUCGCACGUGGCGUUGUCGAGUGUUUUUGCAAGAUCACUGCUUAGCUGAAGGUUAUGGAACCAAGAAAACAAGUAAACAUGCAGCUGCUGACGAGGCUUUGAAAAUUCUUCAGAAAACACAACCCACUUACCCAUCUGUCAAAAGUUCACAGUGCCAUACAGGCUCUUCACCCAGAGGAUCUGGAAAGAAGAAAGAUAUAAAGGAUCUUGUAGUUUACGAGAAUUCUUCAAAUCCUGUGUGCACACUGAACGACACAGCUCAGUUUAACCGAAUGACAGUUGAAUAUGUCUAUGAAAGGAUGACAGGCCUCCGCUGGAAAUGCAAGGUGAUUCUAGAGAGUGAAGUAAUUGCAGAAGCAGUUGGGGUGAAGAAAACUGUCAAAUACGAAGCUGCUGGGGAAGCUGUGAAAACCCUCAAAAAGACCCAGCCAACUGUCAUUAACAACUUGAAGAAAGGGACUGUUGAAGAUGUGAUUUCAAGAAAUGAAAUUCAGGGUCGCUCGGCAGCAGAAGCUUACAAACAACAAAUCAAAGAAGAUAACAUAGGAAAUCAGCUGCUGAGAAAGAUGGGUUGGACUGGUGGUGGGUUAGGGAAAUCUGGCGAGGGCAUACGGGAGCCCAUCUCAGUCAAAGAGCAGCAUAAGCGUGAAGGGCUUGGUCUGGAUGUGGAGAGGGUAAAUAAAAUUGCCAAGAGAGAUAUUGAACAGAUCAUCAGAAACUAUGCGCGCUCUGAGAGCCACACAGAUUUGACUUUCUCUAGAGAGCUGACUAAUGAUGAACGGAAGCAAAUACAUCAGAUUGCCCAGAAGUAUGGUCUUAAGAGUAAGUCUCAUGGGGUGGGCCAUGAUAGGUACCUGGUGGUAGGUAGAAAAAGACGGAAGGAAGACCUAUUAGAUCAGCUCAAACAGGAAGGCCAAGUGGGGCAUUAUGAGCUUGUCAUGCCUCAAGCAAAUUGAGAGCUUAGUAAUUUAUUUUGUAAAUGCCUAAUGAGGCAGAUUUAUAAAUUAAAUGCUACAUGUUCUGGUUGCAGAGUAUAUUCAUUCUUAAGAUGUCUCACCUUGUUCAUUUCAUAUAGCGCUUUGUUAGAUAUUGGAAACUAUUUUGUCCACUUGUAUUAGCUUAAUCCAGCAGAUGAUAUUGUGCAGUUACUGUUUGUGUCUUUGAUAUUGCUGUGUCCCUCAGAUUUUAGUAGUUUGUACAAGCAAGAACACAUAGCCAAAUGGGAUUUCACCCCAAGGAAGAAAUUCUCAUUUUAAAGGGCAUAGCACAGCAAUCUGCAACAAUAUGUAAAGUUGAUAUUGACUGCAGUAAAACUCCAGUCUUAAUUCCAAACUUAACUGAAAAUGUCACAUCAUUUUGUAUUAUCUAUUUUCAUCUUUGUGUGAAGCCAGUUAUAGAAUGUUUAACAGUAAAAUGUGCUGUAUAUGUAAAUGUCCUUAUCAACUAAAUGAUGUAAAACUUUCUUAAGUAAUUUUAAUGUUCAUUUAUUUAUAACUUCUACCAUGUGAUUUCCAGAAUAUUGGAAUUGAUUUACUGUAUCUUGUGAUAUGUAAAUUUUAACAAAUUCUAGUCUUCAUGCUGAGAGAGCACUACUUGAGAGAGCAGUUGAAAAGUUUCAAAAACUUUGAUUCAGUCUGAAGAAAGGAAGCUUGAACUGUUUGUUCUUGGUGCCUUGCAGAGAGACUCACAGCAACUCUCCAUUAUAGCUUUCACAUGGUUUGGGUGUGCAGCACAUCCAAGGCAACCACAGCUGUGGUAGAGCUUGGUAAAAGACUGAAGAUACAUUGGUGCUUUGAUGAAAAGGUCAGUUGGCUGGUCCCUCUCUCAAAAAGCUUAUUAAGCCUGAAAAGCCAACUUUGUAACAUAUUUAAAAACUGCUAUUUUCGCUUAUUUCUGGAAUGUAAAAAGAAAAUGUAUAAAAAAGAAUUAGUGUAUGCUUCCAGAAUAAAAAGGAGCCAAAGUUGAUCA